GAAGGUUACCUCCUUACCAGCCAAUUUUGACACGAUUGUCUGCGUUUACAUCCAGGACCCCUCAAUAUUUUGAUAGAAAUUGAACAUUCCAACAUUCCUGUUAAUAACGACAACAUUUUUCUAGCCAGCUGGCUAUUGAUUCAUGCUGUGCAGCUAGCUAGCUAGUUUAUCGAGAUGUCGGCAAGUGCUGUGUAUGUCUUGGAUUUAAAAGGCAAGGUCCUGAUCUGUAAGAACUAUCGUGGAGAUGUGGACAUGUCUGAGAUUGAGCACUUCUUAAACCUCCUGAUGGAAAAGGAGGAGGAGGGUGCCCUGUCUCCCAUUUUGGCCAACGGAGGGGUGCGCUUCAUGUGGAUCAAACACAACAAUCUCUACUUUGUGGCAACAUCCAAGAAAAACGCUUGUGUGUCCCUGGUUUUCUCCUUUCUCUACAAAAUAAUCCAGGUAUUCUCAGAGUAUUUCAAGGAGUUAGAAGAGGAGAGUAUCAGGGAUAACUUUGUCAUCAUCUAUGAGCUCAUGGAUGAGCUUAUGGACUUCGGCUACCCCCAGACCACUGACAGCAAGAUCCUGCAGGAGUACAUCACCCAGGAGGGUCACAAGCUGGACACCAGUGCCCCCCGCCCCCCGGCAACCAUCACCAACGCUGUGUCAUGGAGGUCAGAGGGCAUCAAGUAUAGGAAGAAUGAGGUGUUCCUAGACGUCGUAGAGUCGGUCAACCUCCUUGUCAGUGCUAAUGGUAAUGUGUUGUGCAGUGAGAUUGUUGGUUCCAUCAAGAUGCGUGUGUUCCUGUCUGGAAUGCCAGAGCUUCGCCUGGGCCUGAAUGACAAGGUUCUGUUUGAGAACACUGGACGAGGAAAGAGUAAGUCAGUGGAGCUGGAGGAUGUAAAGUUUAAUCAGUGUGUCCGUUUGUCCCGCUUUGAGAACGACCGCACAAUCUCCUUCAUUCCCCCCGACGGAGAGUUUGAGCUCAUGUCCUACCGCCUCAACACACAUGUGAAGCCACUAAUAUGGAUUGAGUCUGUUAUAGAGAAGCAUUCUCACAGCCGCAUUGAGUACAUGAUCAAGGCUAAGAGUCAGUUCAAGAGGCGUUCGACUGCCAACAACGUAGAGAUCCACAUUCCAGUUCCCAUGGAUGCCGACACACCCCAGUUCAAGACCACGGUGGGCAGUGUGAAGUGGAUCCCGGAGAACAGCGAGAUCGUCUGGUCCUUGAAGUCUUUCCCUGGGGGUAAAGAGUACUUAAUGCGAGCACACUUUGGCCUGCCCAGUGUGGAGGCAGAAGACAAGGAGGGGAAACCUCCCAUCAGUGUCAAGUUUGAGAUUCCUUACUUCACCACCUCUGGCAUACAGGUGCGCUACCUGAAGAUCAUCGAGAAGAGUGGCUACCAGGCUUUACCCUGGGUGCGCUACAUCACUCAAAAUGGAGACUACCAGCUCCGGACGCAGUGAGCAGUGUCCGCGGUGGGCAGGUGGCAGGACGAGGUCUAUGAUCGAGGGGAAGAGUCUGCUACCUGACCCGACAUACAUCUGAGACAGGUGUCAAUCAUAUAAGACAAUUGGACCAUGUCUCUUUGUACCAUUGAAACCAUGUUUAUUUCUAACCAAUACAAAUGUAUGAAGGGGCUUCUUCUCAAGAGAAAAUCUGGGUUUACGUACAUGUAUUGUAGCGUUGGCCAAUAUUAUGAGAUGUGCUGAGCACUUAAGCUCACAAUAUAAGUACUUCCUAUUUGAAGGAAUUGUGUGCCCAUGGGCACUUUUGAAGAAAUGCGGAAGUUGACUUUACAUCAGAGCUAUGAAAUCCACUGUUACAACAUGGGGUGGCCUAUGAAAUGGUACCUUAUUCCCUAUAAAGUGCCCUUCCUUACAACUGUACCUAUAGGGCUGUGAUGAAAUUGGGUUUCCUUUGGGACCAAAGGUUCAUGACUAAUGUUUUUUAUGUUGCCAGGGUCAUGCCUUAAGUUGGAUGGUUCACAUCCAGGUCAAAGACAAGUUAAACUUCAUAUGGUCUUCUUGGAAUAUGUUUUGUUUUCAUAUUCUUUGCCAUAUUUCUAAUGUAUUGAUUAUUUGUAUUUAAAGUGCCUUUCUAAAGUAUUCAGACCCCUGCCCAAUUGUCCCAUAUUAUGAAAUUACAAAUAGUACUUUGAAAUGUUCUCUUUCAUGUUUUAUUUUGAAGCAUUGAACCACUAAAACUAUUGUACGGUGACAUUCCUUACAUUUUGAGAAGAUAUAAAUAAAAAAAGAUUGGCAACA